AUGAGGGUCCUGGUGGUCCUGGCGACUUGGCUGGCUGCGGCGUUGGCCACCGACACCUUUGUGGGUCAUCAGGUGCUGAGAAUCACGGCCGCUGAUGAAGCUCAGGUGGAGAAGUUGAAGGAGCUGGAAGCUCUGGAGAACCUUCAGCUGGAUUUCUGGCGAGCACCGGCUCAUCCCGAUCUCCCCGUAGAUGUGCGUGUGCCCUUCCCCAGCCUUCAACCGGUCAAGGCCUUCCUGGAGAACAAUGACAUCGCAUACUCCAUCAUGAUCAACAACGUCCAGAAACUGAUUGAUGAGGAGAGGAGUCACAUGACGCACCAACGUCAACCCCAAGAAUUGUCACUCGCAAAUUUUAACUUUGCUGCUUACCACGACUUGGAUACAUUUAGCACCGGGGGAACCAACCGGCCAGCGAUCUGGAUUGACACCGGCAUCCAUUCUCGCGAGUGGGUCACUCAAGCCAGCGGAAUCUGGUUUGCCAACAAGAUCUUUGAAGAUCACGGGAAGGAUCCUUCCCUCAUGUCCAUCCUGAACAAGCUCGAUAUCUUCGUGGAGAUCGUCACCAACCCGGAUGGUUACUUUUUCACCCACACCAAGAACCGUAUGUGGCGCAAGACCAGGUCGAAGAGAGAGGGGUCAUCCUGCAUCGGAGUCGACCCCAACCGGAAUUGGGCGGCAGGCUUCGGAGGAGCUGGCGCCAGUGGGAACCCGUGCUCGGAAACCUACCGCGGACCUUACGCGGAGUCCGAACCGGAGGUGAAAGCCAUUGUGGAUUUUGUACGGCAACAUGGCAACAUCAAGGCUUUCGUCUCCAUCCACAGCUACUCCCAGCUUCUCCUCUAUCCUUACGGUUACACCAAGGAGAAAGCCGCCGACCACCUGGAGCUGGACGCCCUGGCGAAGAAGGCCGUGGCCGCGCUGGAAUCAGUCCACGGAACCAAGUACACAUACGGCAGCAUCAUCACCACCAUCUGUAAGUCCCACCGACGGGAAGGCAGAGGCCAGGUUCAGUCCAUUGUGCAAACUUUAGGCACGAAACACACAAUCCUGCACGCUGUCGCGCCAAAAAAGCAGGCUCGGUCCUAUGGAAAGGGUUCCGGAUACGAGCCCGAGGCGCGACAACUUCUAGAGAGGUUGUGGGUCUUGAAUGGAGUGUGCGACAUCCUUUCCAAAGCUCUGUAG